GAAGAUUAGAGGCGGUUGGGGGGAGUCGGAAGGAGGGGCGGUCAGUUUACGUGUUCCGCUUUAGUUUCUUCAAUUGCAGGGAAGGCAGUGAUUCCCGAAUUGGGAGAACAGUCUCAGCAACAUGUGGAAUGAUAUUGAGCUACUGACAAGUGAUGACACAGGAAGUGGGUACCUAAGUGUUGGAUCCAGAAAAGAACACGGAACUGCUUUAUACCAAGUAGAUUUGCUAGCAAAGAUCUCCUCCGAAAAGGCCUCAUUAAGUCCGAAGAUACAAGCAUGCAGCUUAAGCGACGGGUUUAUUAUCGUAGCAGACCAGACAGUGAUACUGCUCGACAGUGUCUGUAGAUCGCUUCAGCUGCACCUGGUAUUUGAUACCGAAGUGGAUGUAGUCGGCCUAUGUCAGGAAGGGAAGUUCCUUCUGGUUGGGGAGAGGAGCGGCAACUUGCAUUUCAUCCACGUGACGUCGAAGCAGACACUGCUCACCAACGCUUUUGUCCAGAGAGCUAACGGGGAAAAUCAGUGCACUUACCGAACUCUGGUCAUAGAGGAAGACAGUUCAAAUGAAGGUACCUAUUAUAUGCUGCUUCUUACAAACAAUGGAUUUUUUUGUAUCACAAACCUUCAGCUUGCAAAAAUUCAACAAGCGAUUGAAAACGUAGACCUGAAUAAAGCAAAAAAGUUGCAAGGACAAAUCAAGUCCAGUUUUAUUUCUACUGAAAAUUAUCAUGCUCUUGGCUGCCUCAGUCUCGUGCCUGGAGAUUUCACGAGCAGAAUCCCUAUGAUCAUCGGGGGGACAGGGACCUGUGCGUUCUCAAAGUGGGAACCAGACCCUCUCAGAGCGAUGACGGUCACGAAUGUGAUGGAUGCAGAUAUUAUUAAAGGUGCAAAGAAGUUCCAGCUGAUAGACAAUCUGCUUUUUGUUCUCGAUACCGAUAACGUGCUGAGCCUGUGGGAUAUCUACACCCUAACCCCCAUAUGGAACUGGCCCUCUCUUCACGUGGAAGAGUUUCUUCUUACCACGGAAGCAGAAUCGCCUUCUUCAGUCACGUGGCAAGGGAUUACCAACCUCAAAUUAGUAGCUCUGACAACUACUGCUAAUAAGAUGAAAAACCUCAUGGUCUAUUCACUGCCUAUGAUGGAAAUACUCUACUCUUUGGAAGUGUCUAGUGUUUCUUCUCUGGUGCAGACAGGAAUUAGCACAGACACCAUAUACCUUCUGGAAAGAAUAUGCAGAAAUGAUACAAAUCUGUCUGAAGAUGCGGCCUCUGUUUUAGUGCUCAGAUGUCUUACAGAAGCUUUACCAGAAAACAGGUUGAGUCGGCUGCUUCACAAACACAGAUUUGCUGAAGCCGAGAGCUUUGCUGUUCAGUUUGGACUCGAUGUGGAGCUUGUGUACAAAGUAAAAGCAAAUGAUAUAUUGGAGAAACUGGCUUUGAGUUCUGUGGACACCAGUGAGCAGACCGAAUGGCAAAAGCUUAUAGAUGAAGCUAAGGAAAAUCUCCAUAAAAUCCAGGACGACGAAUUUGUGGUGAAUUACUGCUUGGAGGCCCAGUGGAUAACCUAUGAAACAACGCAGGAAAUGCUGAAUUAUGCCAAAACCAGGCUUUUGAAGAAAGAAGAUAGAACUGUUCCUGCCUACUCUUACGGCUUAAAGGAGGUGCUAAGAGCUCAUGCAAAGUUGACUACUUUUUACGGAGCAUUUGGACCAGAAAAAUUCAGUGGCAGUUCUUGGAUUGAAUUUCUGAAUAAUGAAGAUGAGCUUAAGGACAUUUUUUCGCAGCUGAGGGAAGGAAACCUUGUCUGUGCCCAGUACCUCUGGCUCAGACAUCGGGCAAACUUUGAAAGCAGAUUUGAUGUGAAAAUGCUUGAGAACUUGCUCAACUCAAUUUCUACACCAGUCCCUUUGCCAAAGCUCUGUCCGUGGCUUAAAAACGACGUGAUCCCCUUUGUGAGAAGGAUUGUACCAGACGGACAGAAAAUUCUUGCAAAAUGGUUGGAGCAAGCAGCCAGGAAUCUUGAAUUAACUGAUAAGGCAAACUGGCCAGAAAAUGGACUUCAGCUGGCAGAGGUGUUUUUUAUGGCAGAAAAACCACACGAGCUGGGAUUGGUGUCCUCCUGGCACUGGAUUUCCUUGAAGGAUUAUGAAAACAUGGAGGAGGUCUGUCAGUUACGGACUUUGGUCAAUAACUUACGAGAGUUGAUCACAUUGCACAGGAAAUACAACUGCAAAUUGGCCCUCUCCGAUUUUGAGAAGGAGAACACGACCACCAUUGCGUUCCGGAUGUUCGACAAAGUGUCGGCCCCCGAGCUGAUCCCCUCCGUCCUGGAGAAGUUUGUGAGGGUUUACGUGAGGGAGCACGACCUGCAGGAGGAGGAGCUGCUCCUGCUCUACAUAGAGGAUCUUCUGAAGAGGUGUAGCUCCAAGUCCACGUCACUCUUUGAGACGGCGUGGGAAGCGAAAGCCAUGGCCGUCAUAGGCUGCCUCUCGGACACCGACCUCAUCUUUGACGCCGUGCUGAAGAUAAUGUACGCGGCCGUGGUGCCCUGGAGCGCGGCCGUGGAGCAGCUGGUGAGGCAGCACCUGGAGAUGGACCACCCCAAGGUCAAGUUGUUACAGGAGAGCUACAAACUAAUGGAGAUGAAAAAACUUCUACGAGGCUAUGGAAUCAGGGAGGUGAACCUCUUGAACAAGGAGAUAAUGAGGGUGGUGCGGUACAUCCUCAAACAAGACGUCCCCUCGUCCCUGGAAGACGCCCUGAGGGUGGCCCGAGCGUACCUGCUGUCUGACGAUGAGAUCUAUAGUCUGAGGGUCAUCGACCUGAUCGACAGAGAGCAGGGUGAGGACGGCGUCCUGUUGUUGAGGUCUCUGCCUCCAGCCGAAGCGAAGAAGACCGCGGAGAGAGUCGCCACGUGGGCGCGACUGGCAUUACAGGAAGAGCCGGAGAAUUCGAAAGAGGACAAGGCCUGGAGGAUGUCUGUGGUGAAGACGUCAGUAGACAUCCUUAAAAUACUGCGCAGCCUCCAGAAAGACAAUCCGCAGAAGAAGGAUGAGUGUGAAGAAAUCCUGAAUCAAUUUAAAACUGUUGCCAGUUUACAGGAGAACUUCGAGGUCUUUCUUUCCUUUGGAGAUUACAGCGACCGCGCCCUGGUGGCGGAGCUCCGAGAACAGCACAUCAAGGCCCAAGAAGCCGCCCAGGCAGAGCACAGACCCAAGAGCUCCGCAGGGCCAGCGACCGCCAAGGACAAGGGCCCGAGCACCGAGUCCAGGCUGCACCGCCAGGCGCUGGCCCUGCAGGUGUCGGAGCAAGAGCUGGAGGCCGAGCUGACCUGGAGGGCCCUCAGCGACGGGAGCGUGGGGAUGGCGCUGGAAAAGUGCAGAGCCCUGUGUACGUACCACCGCAACCCCGACACCGGGCGGCUGCUGUUUCUGGUGUGUCGGAAGCUCUGCCACAUGCUGGCUAAUGACGUUCCGAUGACAACGCCUGUGGGACUGAAUCUUCCUUCUGAAAUACACGCUCUCGCCUGCCAAGCUGCCACCAUCUGCAGUCCAGACUUCUUACCAGACGCGCUGGAACUGUGCAAAUACACUCUCAUGGCCGUAGAGCUGUGCAGGCAGUGCCAGAUGGGGGACGACGGGAUUCUGAUGAAAACUUCGUUUGGGACUCAGAAAGAUCCCUAUGAAGAGUGGUCGUACAGCGACUUCUUCAGUGAGGACGGGAUAGUCCUCGAGUCCCAGAUGGUGCUGCCUGUCAUCUACGAGCUGAUUUCGUCCCUCGUCCCUCCAGCCGAAAACAAGAGGCUUCCCCUGGACUUUACGAGUUUGCCCUACUGCUCCAUUGGUGAAGGAGACGGCCUCAUCUUACCCAGCAUAAACUCCAUCUCUGCCCUGCUUCAGAGCCUCCAGGAAUCCAGCCAGUGGGAGCUGGCCCUGGGCUUCGUCGUUCGUGCGUUUGGUACCUGUCUUCAGUACUCGGUGUCGAACUUCAUGAAUGCCACUCUGAGUGAAAAGCUGUUCGGAGAGGCCUCGUUAGUUAAAUCCAGGCAAGUCAUCAUGGCCCUGAGGGAGAAGGCCGUGCCCUUUGUCAGGGGAAACGCCACGACACUGCUGCACAAAGUUUUCAAUUGUCGCCUGGUGGAUCUUGACUUGGCCUUGGGUUACUGCACGCUCUUGCCCCAAAAAGAAGUGUUUGACAACCUCUGGAAGCUCGUAGAUAAAGCGUGGCAGAAUUACGACAAAAUUUUGGCAAUAUCUCUGGUGGGCUCUCGGCUGGCCGGUCUCCAUCAGGAAGCAGAAGUGGAGCUGAAGUUCCGCGAACUCAGCACGGAUGCCCUGUGGGGUAUUCGCCUCGGUAAACUUGGUAUUUCUUUUCAGCCGGUUUUCAGGCAACAUUUUCUCACCAAGAAAGACCUCAUUAAAGCUCUUGUGGAGAAUGCAGACAUGGACACAAGCCUCAUUCUGGAAUAUUGCAGCACCUUCCAGCUGAACUGCGACGCGGCUCUGCAGCUGUUCGUGGAAACCCUGCUGCACAACCCGAGCGCCAGCCAGGGCGACGCGGGCCCGGGCGCGGCCGGGCAGCCGCACUCCCGACUCCUGGCCAAGGCCCUGGACAUGGUGCCCCUGCUGACGAGCACCAGGGAGCUGGUCAUCAGCCUCAGCGGCAUCCUGCACAAGUUGAAUCCCUAUGACUAUGAAAUGGUCGAAAUUGUCCUGAAAGUUAUCGAAAGAGCUGAUGAAAAAAUAACCAACAUUAAUAUCAAUCAGGCACUGAGUCUUCUGCAGCAUCUGAAGUCGUACAGAAGAAUUUCCCCUCCGGUGGACCUGGAGUAUCAGUACAUGUUGGAGCAUGUAAUCACUUUGCCAUCAGCCGCCCACACGAGGUUGCCCUUCCACCUGAUAUUUUUUGGCACAGCUCAGAACUUCUGGAAAAUUCUCUCUAUGGAACUCAGUGAGGAGUCCUUCCCGACGCUGCUCUUAAUUUCUAAGCUAAUGAAGUUCUCUCUGGACACUCUGUACGUGUCUACAGCCAAGCAUGUCUUUGAAAAAAAACUGAAGCCCAAGCUGAUGAAGUUACCGCAAGCGAAGUCCUCCACGCUGAUUAACAAGGAGAUCUACAAGAUCACUCAGACCAUCGAGUCCUACUUACUGUCCAUCGUGAACCCCGAGUGGGCCGUCGCCAUCGCCAUCAGCCUCGCCCAGGACAUCCCGGAAGGCUCCUUCAAGAUGUCCAGUUUGAAGUUCUGCCUGUAUCUAGCCGAGAGAUGGCUGCAGAACAUCCCACCGAAGGAUGAAGCACGUGAUAAAGCCGAGGCUUUGUUGAAGAAGCUUCACAUCCAGUACCGGCGAUCAGGCACGGAGGCCGUGCUCAUCGCCCACAAGCUGAACACGGCCGAGUACUUGAGAGGCAUCGGGAAGCCGGCGCAUCUCAUCGUCAGCCUGUACGAGCAUCCCAGCAUCAACCAGAGGAUCCAGGACCCAUCCGGCAAAGACUAUCCCGAUAUUCACGCAGCCGCUAGAGAAAUAGCCGAAGUCAAUGAAAUCAAUUUGGAGAAAGUCUGGGACAUGUUGCUGGAAAAAUGGCUGUGCCCGCCCACGAAACCUGGCGAAAACCCAUCAGAAAUAUUUGAACUUGAAGAAGAUGAAGCGCUACGGAGAGUCCUGUACCUGCUCCUGUCUCGUCCCAUUGAUUAUAGCUCCAGAAUGCUGUUUAUAUUUGCCACAUCAGCCACCACCACGCUGAGCACGCACCAGCUGAGCUUUGCCCACCGGACGCGGGCCCUGCAGUGUCUCCUCUACUUGGCUGACAAGGAAACGAUAGAGUCGCUCUUCAAAAAGCCCAUCGGAGAAGUGAAAUCUUACUUGAAAUGCAUAACUUUCCUGGCGUCGUUUGAGACUUUGAAUAUCCCCAUCACGUAUGAGCUGUUUUGCAACAGCCCCAAAGAAGGCAUGGUCAAGGGCCUGUGGAAAAACCACAGCCACGAGUCCAUGGCAGUGAGACUGGUGACUGAGCUGUGCUUAGAAUACAAGAUCUACGACCUGCAGCUGUGGAACGGGCUCCUGCAGAAGCUUCUCGGCUUCCACAUGAUUCCUUAUCUACGGAAAGUCUUAACAGCCAUUUCUAGUAUCCAUUCUUUAUGGCAGGUCCCCUACUUCAGCAAGGCCUGGCAGCGGGUGGUUCAGAUGCCACUACUCGCAGCCUCCUGCCCUCUGAGCCCCAGCCAGCAAUCGGAUUGUUGUGAGAGCCUCAUUGCCAUUCUAGAGUGUCCGGUUUCAGGUGACCUCGACAUGGUUGGCGUUGCCCGGCAGUAUGUCCAGCUGGAGCUCCCUGCCUUUGCCCUGGCCUGCCUCAUGCUCAUGCCCCACUCGGAAAAAAGACACCAGCAAAUCAAGAACUUUCUGAGCUCGUGCGAUCCUCAGAUCAUUUUACAGCAAUUGGAAGAGCAUAUGAGCGCCGGCCAGUUGGCAGGAUUUUCCCAUCAGAUUCGAAACCUGAUUCUGAAUAAUAUCAUAAAUAAGAAGGAGUUUGGGAUUUUGGCAAAGACAAAAUACUUUGACGUGUUGAAACGGCACACGAUGAAUACCAACAGCAUCACUGACCUAGUAAACUAUCUGGCAAAUGAACUAAGUCUAGAUGAAGCCUCCAUCUUUGUAGCCGAGUUCCUAAAGCACCAUGGGAACCCUGUGCCACCAGACGCCGCUCCCUGUGAGAUUCUGAAGAUGUUUCUGAGCGGAUCAUAGCAAAUCAUCGAGCCUUCCUCGGGAAGAACAAGAGGAGGUUGGGAGCCUGCUGAGAUCCGACCGUAUUUAUUGUGGAUUUAACAUUGUGCGACCGACGUGUUAAAAGCUGUCGUCAGCUAGUACCUGACAAGUGAUGGCUAAGACAUUGGUUGGCCCAUAAAGAACUCACACCCUGAAUUAAUAAAUCUUUUCUUUGCUA